AUGAGUAUACCCCCAUUUCUUAAAUCAACUUCCUCAAAGACCAAACCAACGUCCGCUACACUACCAGAGACCACACAAGCGUCCACGACACCAUCAUUAAAUCCACAAUUAUCUACCACACCAUCGAACACCACAUCAUUAUCAACUACACCAUCGACUACAACAUCAUUAUCAACCACAUCAUCGACCACCACAUCAUUAUCAACCACAUCAUCGACCACCACAUCAUUAUCAACCACAUCAUCGACCACCACAUCAUUAUCAACCACACCAUCGACCACCACAUCAUUAUCAAACACAUCAUCGACCACCACAUCAUUAUCAACCACAUCAUCGACCACCACAUCAUUAUCAACCACAUCAUCGACCACCACAUCAUUAUCAACCAUACCAUCGACCACCACAUCAUUAUCAACCACACCAUCGACCACCACAUCAUCCUUUACCACAGCAUCGACUACCACAUCAUUAUCAACCACACUAUCGACAACCACAUCAUCCUUUACCACACCAUCGACUACCACAUCAUUAUCAACCACACCAUCGACUACAACAUCAUUAUCAACCACACUAUCGCCCUCCACAUCAUUAUCAACCACAACAUCUCCCACAACAUCAUUAUCAACCACACUAUCGCCCUCCACAUCAUUAUCAAACACACCAUCGACAACCACAUCAUUAUCUACCACACCAUCGAACACCACAUCAUUAUCAACUACACCAUCGACUACAACAUCAUUAUCAACCACAUCAUCGACCACCACAUCAUUAUCAACCACAUCAUCGACCACCACAUCAUUAUCAACCACAUCAUCGACCACCACAUCAUUAUCAACCACACCAUCGACCACCACAUCAUUAUCAACCACAUCAUCGACCACCACAUCAUUAUCAACCACAUCAUCGACCACCACAUCAUUAUCAACCAUACCAUCGACCACCACAUCAUUAUCAACCACACCAUCGACCACCACAUCAUCCUUUACCACACCAUCGACUACCACAUCAUUAUCAACCACACUAUCGACAACCACAUCAUCCUUUACCACACCAUCGACUACCACAUCAUUAUCAACCACACCAUCGACUACAACAUCAUUAUCAACCACACUAUCGCCCUCCACAUCAUUAUCAAACACACCAUCGACAACCACAUCAUUAUCAACCACACCAUCGACAACCACAUCAUUAUCAAACACACCAUCGACAACCACAUCAUUAUCAAACACACCAUCGACAACCACAUCAUUAUCAAACACACCAUCGACAACCACAUCAUUAUCAAACACACCAUCGACAACCAGAUCCUCUGAAACCUCUGACCCCUCCUCUGACACCUCCUCUGACACCUCCUCUGACACCUCCUCUGACACCUCCUCUGACACCUCCUCUGACACCUCUCACACUACCUCUGACACCUAUGACACCCCUCUGACACCUCCUCUGACACCUCCUCUGACACCCCCUCUGACACCUCUCACACUACCUCUGACACCUAUGACACCCCUCUGA